CGCGUUUCCAGUCACGUUUCUUGCCCCUCGCGCUACUUCCCGAACGAAAGAGGGGAGCAAGCGAGUAAAGUCGAUUCAAUCGCGCGUGCCACUAGACCGUUCAGUUGUUAUGGUUACUGCAUACAAACAUAAAUGUGGAUUACCUCUUAGCUAACCUUAAUAUCAAAUUCAAUAGACAGCUAUGGAUUGGGCUGCGGAUUUGGAAAUUACUUCGAAAAAACUUUUACCUCGUCUUGGUAGAAGAUCGGCGCAAAAUAUUGCAUCAGAAGACUCUAAACUUGACGAUGAUCCUUUGGAAAGCCCUGUAUCGUCAUCUUUCGUGAAAUCAGCACAACCACCUGUAGCACCUCCUCGUACUAGAAAAACUGGAUGGGGUGACGAAUUGAAAAGCGGAAAGAUACGUGGAGCUUCUAUUAUUGAACAAGAACGUUCUCGAGGGAUAGAAAAGGAUGAAAUGAUAGAUGACAUUCCUGUAAUUCCCGAUUUGGAUGAAAUUCAGGAAGAUAAUGCGUUUUCUGAUAUUAAUACGUCAACAGUGAAUGUGAACAGAGUCGCUGCAUACAAAGAACUUGAUACAGAUUUGGUGAAAAAUGCUGCAUUCACGUCUUUAAAUGGUGUUAAUCUUUCUCUUCUAGCAGAAAAAUUAUACAAUGAAAAUUUGACAAAAGAAUUGGAUGAAGUAUGGAAUUGGAAUUUACUUUUUACUCAAGUUGCAUCUGAAGUAAACAGUGAAGCACAAAAAAAAUUAGUCACAUAAAUUUUAUACAAUUUUUUUAUUUUAAAAAUAAAAUCAAAAAUCAUGCAAAAAAAAAAAAAAAAAAAAGUUUUUUCUUUCAUAUUAUUUUAUUUUUUAUAUUAUUUUUAUAAAAAGUAACACAUUAAGAAAUUUAAUUAAAUAUAUAAAAAAUAUAGUAAAUUUAAAAAAAAACAUGGCAUACUGCUUAUCUGCAGUGCCUGUAUAUGGAAGCGACAAAUUAUAACCUCGUCUGACCUAUUCGAUUGCCCCCCAAUUUGGAAAUCGCGGUAGUUCGAGGAGCGACGUGAAGGACUCAACCGUGCAGGCGUGCAGAUCCGAGAUGAUGCUUAAAGCAAAACACCACGAACUUGCACGCGCAAUCGGGAGCCAAACACAAGCUACUUGAAGCGACCACGUGACAACACCCACUGAGCAGAUCUGCCAUAUUUCUACGUUAGCGAUCAAUGUUCAGCUGUGCCAUCACUAGCACACACUUCCGAUAGUUUGAGUUUGAUUCUAUUAUAUAAAGAAACAGAAUACUAUUGGACCACUUGCGAGAAAAGUACAUAUAAAUGUACAAUAUAUUUUUAAACUUUGAAAAAAAAAUUAUGUAUUUAAUAUAUAAUUAUAAUCAAUAUUGUAACGAAGUAUAAUAUUUUAAAUUAAGAUAAUCACAUUAUUAAGGUUUUUUAAAGUAAUUUUUAUACGUUUAUAUAAAUACUAUAUUUAAAUGCUUUACUCGAAAGCCAUCUAGUAGUGAAACUGAUACUAAAAUUGUAUUAUGAAUCGACAAUCGAUAUAUUAUACAAUCGAUAUUUUAGUUUGACAUAGUGAAUUUAUAAAAUCGAUAUAUCGCGUAUAUAGAAUAUAUCGUUUAUUUAAGUUUAAAAUUAACAGAAAAAUCAUAUAACCUGCUUACGUUAGAAUUAAUUUUAUUCACAUGUUGUCAUCAAGCACAAAAUUAAAAAGCACUUAAGGAAAAUUUUCCAAUUCUUUUAAAAUGUUCUUUUAAAAGAAUAAGCCUAAUGUAUUACAAUGGGUACGGUGCAUGCAUCAAGAAAAAAAUUAGAAGAACCAAGUGUAAUAAGUAAUGAAGAUUGUAUACCGUGCGAAGCAGAAGACAGAGCACCAGGAAAUCCUGGUAGUUUCGAAGAUAUACAUAAAAAGGUUAAAGAUCUAUAUCCGCAAAACUUUGAAGGUGCGCGGCUCAUCAUCAACAAAAUUCUUAGUCAACAUUUUAAUGUGACACAUACUAUUACUCUCAGUUCCGUUACCCCAUCUGGAUAUAAAUUCGGUGCAAAAUAUAUUGGUACAAAAGUGGUUAAUCCUAAUGAAAGAUAUCCUGUAGCUUCGGGAGAUAUCGCACCAAAUGGAAAUUUGACCGCCUCUUUUAUGCAUACGCUUGGAUGUAGACUUAGGUACAAAUUAUCGGCACAAAUUGCCGAUGGAAAAUGCAAAGCAUCGAGUUCCAGUCUGGAAUAUCGGUCGAAUGAUUUCACUGUAGCGAUAACCCUAGCCAAUCCAAAAUUUACAAAGAGACAAGGAACAGUGUUCCAGGCGGUCAACAGACGGUCAUGUGCAUGGCUUUUAGACACAGUACAGGACUUACAACAUUAUCUGGGACUAUAGGUGAAGCGGGUCUUCAUCUUUGUUAUCAUCGCAAAGCUAGCUCGCAAUUGGAAAUUGGGGUCGAGUUAGAAACAAAUACGAGGACACAUCAGUCAAUUGCUACUAUAGUUUAUCAAGUAAAUGUACCAUAUGCGGAUCUUCUUUUCCGAGGUAUCGUGAAUUCUGAAACUACAGUCGGUGGUGUAUUUGAGAAGAAACUAUACCCAAUUCCAGAAUCUUCAUUGAUUAUUAGCGCACUUUUAAACCAUAAAAAACAACAAUUUCGUGUGGGAGUUGGUCUUAAUAUUGGACAAUAAUGAAGAAUGUAUGAUAUAAUUUGUUACGUGUAACUAUCAUCAUGUUUCUUUUUUUCAUUAUUUAUAAGAAUAAUAGAAUCAUUUCAAUAAUAACAGAAAUUAACAUAAGAUGAUUGUAAUUAUUUCUUUUAAAAUUUUACAAAGUGAAAAAACUUUUGCAAACGUUUACAAUUUUCGUCGCGCAAUAAUUUGCGAUAAUGUAUCGAUCGCAUUAUAUAUUUUAAAGAAUUGUUAUGCUUACAUAUAUAUUGUAAAAUAUCUGAAAACUUUACAUGACGCUUUUAUGUUGAUAUAAACUGAGUCUGUAAAAAUAAAAUUUUUGAAAUUUUUUAUAUAA